AAAAAUAUAUCCCCGUCCACCCAUCCAGCUUUUUGAGAUCAGUGCUACAGAUGCUGUAAUACGCCUUUAAAAGAACACAGGCCGUUCGAAAUAUUCUGGUAUUGCACAGACGUGCCAUUUUAAGUCAGCACGGCGCGCACGCCACAGUAUACAGAUUCACUCAAUAUAGGGGGAUCCCGAGAAGUAAAAUGUCCAGCCACGCUGCUGCAGCCAUCUCUGCUAUGAUCAGCAGCCAGGCCAGCCAUCCACCAGCUACGGUCCGUAGACGUAUAAAUGUAAGGGAAGAACCAGAGGCUGUGAGGAUAUUUACAAAAAGAACUAACGAAACAGUCGGGAUUUUACAGAUGUUGUUUGGAUGUGGUAUUUUUGUUGUAUCUCUCUGGAUUUUAUUUGCUGAGAGAAGUAUUGCCAGCACUGUAAUGUCAAUGGCAGGAAGUACGUUGUACAUUGCCAGUGGGGUUUUCUCUUGUGCCAGGUGGAACUGUAUGGCGAGAGUGAAAAGUCGCCUCAUUGUGGUCAGGGCGACCAUAGUGACGAGCGCGCUGAGUGGGGUUACAGCCAUCAUCUGCAUCGUCAUCUACUUCUGCUAUCUGAAUUGCGUUGGAUUUUCCGCCUGCUCAGAAAUGCACGUGAUGUUGGUGAUACUGUGUGUCCUGUCAUUCCUGGAGCUUGCAUUCGCUGCGCUGACCAUUGUCUAUGCCUACAAGGCUCUUUACAACAUCAAUGAUUUGGAGCCUGUGGUCUUCAGCCGUGAAGGAUGGAGGGACGGUACUAGGGGGAGCGAUGAUGGGAAAGACCUGAUGGUCACCUCCGCCGUCAGUCUUUAGUCAAAGACCUUCACAGCCAGCAGUCCUCUGGUGUUGGAGCUCUACUGAGGUUCCCAGGAUUUCCCAUUUUUCUCAUCUACUCAAACUGCACCCUCUUCUUCAACAGCAAAGCCACUGAUGUUUGGACAUAGCAGCGUCCCUGUCAGAUGUUUGCCCAUUGAGCUGAGGAGUCAGGGCCUCCUUAACUUGCCCAUUAAAAGGCUUGUGAAUUCUGCCAAAAAGAAAGAAAGAAAAAAAAACAAACAAAAAGGAUUACUCAAUAAGGGAACACUUUUUAUACUUCACUUGUACCACACUGUGACUUUGAAUAUUCUGCACCACCAGAGCAUUUGCAGUAAAGAUUAUGUCACACUUUUUAAUAUAGAGGGUAUUUUAAUCUGCUCACCGUUAGGUGGUCAUCCACUAGGCUCAACAUUUUACGGGUCAAGAGAAGUCUAGUGUAGUGAAUUGAAUGUUUGAAUCCUGCCACCCCUUUCACAGAGAGGGUCACGCCUUUGCCGUCUCAACCUUUUGGUGCCUUGUGUUAGUGGCCAGAGAAGGGAACGCCCUCACUUUUCAAAUCUCUAGCUCAUCGAGUAGAUGAUCUUGGAGGGUGGGGAUGAUCUUUUACUUACUAAAGGCUUCAUUCCUGUGCCUCUUAUCCAGUGAUCCAGCACAACAGGACACGUGGGCCAAUGAGAGGAGCAGAAUGGCAUUCAUGGUUAUAAAAACACCGUGUGCCAAAGCAUUCCCAAGGUACUGUUGUUGCCUGGUUCUCAGCCUACCUCAGGUUGGUUUUAACCUACUUUUGAUGUAAGCUUGUGUGUUCCAACCCAAUGCCAUAAUUGUACUGAACCAGCUUCUGUUUCCUUCUCAUAUUUCAGAGUAAACCCAAACUUUGAUGCA